UCACCCCCCCCCCCCCAAACCCUCCUCUCCUUGCUGCAUUUCCUAGAAAACCCCGCGGAGGGGGGAGCAAAACCCCACUCUUCCUCGCCUCUGCCUUCGUCCGAGCGCGCCGCCGCCGCCGCAGCCGCUCCUGGUGAGUUGCUCGACGUAAUCCGGAUCAUCUUACGCGGGGGAAGCGCCUCGGGGAGCAGUAGAUCCGAGGCGGCCGGAAUCUUUCCCCUUCCCCGCAUCGGUGAUUCCUUCGCUGAACUACCAGCAGCCAAACAGGCUGCUUAGGAGCAACCUUGGACUUGGACCUCACCAGCACAGUCACCUUCAAACCAUGUCAUUUUUGGUUCUACACUCUUAGCUGUUAGCUUGAGUAGAACGACCUACCAAUUGAUCACGAUUAACAGCACCUGUACAGAGGUAGAGUCCCGGAGAUGGCCGAUCCAUUGAGCAUCGUGCAGUCGAUCUUACAAUUGGUCCUCAUGGUCAACAAUAUGGUCGGGACGUUCCGCCACAACAAAGAGGACUGCCACAUUAUCACUGAGCUCCUGAAUAGAGUGCGUGCUGUUGUGGAGGGGCUGAGUAUUGCAGAGGACAAUUCAGUGAGUGAUGCAUUGAGUGAUGUGUUGAACGGCCUGGAGGAGGCCCUGAAGUGUGCAAUGAAGGACAUCAAGGCCUGCCAAAAGAAGAACAUUGUGCUCUCCAUCAUCCAGGUUGACGACAUUGCCAAUAUGUUGCGCCGGGUUCAGGAUGAUUUAUCACGGAACUUGAAUGUAGCAGCCUUUGCCAUUGCUGCAUAUAACACCUCAAUGUUGGAUGGCAUUAAGGAAAAUGUUGCUGCUCUCCGUGCCGACAUCGCUUCUAAGAGGUCAAUACCAGCCAUCGUUACUAAGGAAAUACCUGCUGCUCUUCCUGAUGGCGAUCUGCAACGAGAGAUGGAAAGAUUGGUGCAAACCAUUGAUCUCGGUAGUUAUCAAAAUGAUAGAGUUAAAAGGGAGAUAAAUAAAACAGAAUUUGCCAGGUUAUAACUUAUAAGGGUCGAUGUUACCCUCUUAGCUUCACUUUUUACUCACGUAUGUUAAGGCAUUUGAUUUCUUUUGGGAUUUGGGAAUUGCAUACAUGAAGUUAAGGUUGGGAAAAACAAGGUACUAGGUGAUAGCAAUGCUCCAUGUGCUUCCUUAUCAGAUGGCAAAGCCAUGUCUACUUCAGUGGAAAGUUUGAUUGAACAAGAUGUCAAAGAGACAAGUAUCUCUGUCUUCAAGUUGGUGGAUAAGGCGCACUCAGUGGUAGUUUCUCCAGCACCAUCCCAGCUGCAACAAGUAAUCAGUGUAUCUGAGGUACCUGGAGAGGCAGGCAGUUAUAAGGUAGGCUUCCUGUCCUCUGAGACUAGCAAGCUAUUUGGGGCCUAUGCUGCUGGAGCUUCCUUCGAUUCAAAUAAGGAAACUAUUCGAUGCCCAGUGACCCUAACCAACAAGACAGAACAUUAUGUUGGCAUCUGGGUUAAACCAACAAAUGAGCAAUUUACAAGAACAGCAAUGAUAUUGGAGCCCCAUUCCUCUUUGGUUGUAUCUGUGACAAUGAAGGCGCAUGAAUCUCCCCAAGACACGGUUAAGAUUGAGGCGCUGAUGAUUGUCUUACAGUCAAAGCAUGACCUUGUGGAAUUGGAGUCAUCCAUUGGUGGCAAGUUGACUAUGGACAGUGGCUUUAUGGCACAUACCAAGAAGCUGCAGGCUGAUGUGUAUUGGGCAACGCUGCCAGCUAUCAUUUGUGAGCCAGCAAGAUGCCCGCAGAUCAUGUCAGGAUCAACCGAGAAUAUGACCUUGAUUACAUCCAUUGAUGUGCACCCCAUCAAGACAUGGAUCGCGACUACUCAUAAGGGAGGGACUGUUUACAUUUGGGACUACCAGAAGCAGAAACGUGUGUCCAAGUUGCAGGUCACUAAGGUGCCGAGCAUCCUUGCAGGCUUAAUACAUAAAUAUUCUCAAUACAUUGAAGAGAAGUCUGCCCCACAUUGGCUUUGUUCAGUCAAAUUUAUCACUCAAGAGAAAUGGUUGGCAGUGGGGGAUGGUGACGGAUACAUAUAUGUCUAUGCCUAUGCUGACACUAAGCUUUAUGAGGUCAAGAAAUUCAGAGCUUACCAUGGAAAAUCUGUCGACUCGUUGGCAGUCCAUCCAAGCGAGCCGUACCUUCUUUCGUCAUCGGCUUUUGAUGGGAGGAUCAAGCAUUGGGACUGGAGCAGGACUUGGGAGAAAAUUCAAGAAUUUGAUGUGACCACUUCUGGUGUUCUCAAGGAUGGUGUGCGCAGUCUCAAGUUUAACCCAAGGGACGCCAACACUUUUGCUUGUGUCACCUAUGCUAACAGAGCAAUGGUUGGGAACAUUAAAUCUUCCAGUCUUACAGCCACAAUGAAGGGACCAUUCAAUGCUGAUUAUUUCUUCGCUCCCAGUCAUCAGCACUUGAUGGUUACUUUGAGUUCACCUCAUGAUUGUGCAUGUGUAAAAUGUACAUCACCCAACUCUGAGAUAAGGGAUUUGGAGACGCGAAAAAUUGUUCACACUCUUGGUGUGAAUGGGCGCAAAACGAGACGCGUUGCUUGCCACCCAAGGCUUCCAAUAUUUGCUACCAUGUUAGAUGACGGGACUGUAUGUUUGUGGCAUGCCAGUACAUACAGGCUUGAGAAAAUGGUUCACAUUCCAGAUACGGACAGCAGCUCACAUGAUAUGGUAUUCGUGACAGACACAAAUGACAUAACAAGGGUCAUUGUCACAUUUGAGUCUAUGAUAGCAAUCAUGGAAGUUAACAUGCCAAUGGAAAGGUAAUGGAUUGGUGGUGGGAACUACGGGUGACAUUUCCUUGGGGCAGUGGAGGCAAUCAUGGGGAUUAUCUAUUCUAUCUUUAUAUGCACUUAUGGACAAUGUGUGUUAUUCUGUUCCUGGGAUAAUUACCAUUUUAUAUUGAAUUGCAAUUAUACGACCUGUAGGUGAACCACAUUGUUUGCAUUAUGUUGUUAUAUAAGUGAUCUCAGGUCAUAUGUAACUAUGUGAAACAAUAAUGGUCCACAUACUUUAUUCUUAUUUGGAAGAACAUAAACAUACUUGAUUUUAUUGAUGAU